ACACACACUGAUUAACAGAUAAACACCAAAUUGGCGGAGGUGGUUUCAUGUUUUGAGUACAAACUAAAGCCUCAAGAGAGAGUUUGUCAGUUGCUGUGACUUGUCAGUGGCUUUUUCAAACUCACCCAAUUGGUUCGUGGAGCCGACGGGCCCCACCCCCACAGUAUAAAACAACUUCUCCUAGGUUUAGCCACGAGACGAGAGACUGAGAGAAAGACUCGCUUCUCAAUCUCCCUCCCUUUUUCUCUCCACUUUCCCUCUCUUUCUUUCCCUAGGGUUUUGUAUUUUCUCGCUUCCCAAACAGGUUUUCAAAAUGAGCAGCAACAAAGAUACCUUCGACAUGUCCGACCUCGGCUCCUCCCUCCCCGCCGCUGCCGCCGCUCUUAGUGCAGAGGAUCGUGCUGGUCUUGUUAAUGCUCUUAAGAAUAAGCUUCAGAGCUUGGCUGGACAGCAUACUGACAUAUUGGAAACUUUGCCACCUUCGGUCAGGAAGCGUGUUGAGGUUUUGAGAGAGAUACAGGGCCAACAUGAUGAGCUGGAAGAGAAAUAUUUUGAGGAGAAAGCUGCAUUGGAAGCAAAAUACCAGAAGCUUUAUGAACCUCUCUACACAAAGAGAUAUGACAUUGUUAAUGGUGUAACUGAAGUCGAAGGAGUGAAAAAUGAAGAUGCACCAGACCAAGAAGGAGAUAAGGCCACUGAAGAGAAAGGAGUGCCUGACUUUUGGCUGACCGCAAUGAAGACUAAUGAAGUACUUUCUGAGGAGAUUACAGAGCGUGAUGAAGGUGCACUCAAGUAUCUCAAAGAUAUCAAGUGGUGUAGGAUAGACAAGCCAAAAGGAUUCAAGCUGGAGUUCUUCUUUGAUCCUAAUCCGUAUUUCAAAAAUUCUGUCCUGUCAAAAAUAUAUCACAUGAUUGAUGAGGACAAUGAGCCUAUUUUAGAAAAGGCGAUUGGGACUGAGAUUGAAUGGUAUCCGGGGAAAAGCUUGACACAGAAGCUUCUCAAGAAGAAGCCAAGAAAGGGAUCAAAGAAUGCGAAGCCCAUGACCAAAACUGAAGAUUGUCCAAGCUUCUUCAACUUCUUUAGCCCUCCUCAGGUCCCUGAUGACGAUGAUGAUAUCGAUGAUGAUACUGCUGAAGAACUCCAAAGCCAGAUGGAGCAGGAUUAUGAUAUUGGUUCAACAAUUCGAGACAAAAUCAUUCCUCACGCAGUAUCAUGGUUCACUGGAGAGGCUGUUCAAGGGGAUGAGUUUGAAGAUUUAGAAGAUGACGAUGAUGAUGACGUUGAUGAGAAUGAUGAUGAUGAUGAUGAGGAAGAAGAGGAAGAUGGUGAGGACGAUGAUGACGAUGACGAUGACGAUGAGGAAGAGGAAGAUAAGGGCAGGAAAAAGCCAUCUGCUGGAUCUAAGGUGUGAUGAUUUAACAGUUAAAAGUGGUAGGGCACAAGGUGCGGAAGGUCAGCAAGGGGAGCGCCCUCCCGAGUGCAAGCAACAAUAGUGACAGUUAUGAAUAGAAGGGCUUGCGUGGGUGGCUUCUGCUUCUUGAGAGUUGAGUGUUUGAUAUUCCUUGGUAUUGUUUGGGGAAAAUCGUUGCCCACCUGGUGCUUUGGGUUUUAUUGCUUCUGUUGGAUGUUUAGGUUGGCCAGUGCUGUCUAUGUCCUAUGAAACCCUAAGUAUAUUUAUUGACACAUUUCUUUUUCAUUGUUUGUUUAUUAAAUAUAGCAAAUGCAACAUGCUUUUAUCAUCC